AUGAAACUUCUUUUUUUAGUCGUGGCCUUUGCAAAUCUUCGAGUUGAUGCAAAUACUUGCUUAGAGCAACAGCUGGCUUUCCAACAAAGCUGCUAUGAGAUUAUUCGGCUGCCACGCGAUUUUCAGGGUGCAGAGAGAUGGUGUGAGCGAGGUGGGGGUCACCUUGCCUUCAUCUUGGAUAAGGAAACUCAGCAGUUCAUACAAGACCAGCUGGAAGUGGAAAAAGACUGGUGGAUUGGGCUAGCUCCAGCGAAACAGAAUUUAACCCAGGAUGAAAUGACUACGGAAGGAACCCUGGCCUGGUUGGAUGGUACAAGUGUGAUGUAUGAUAACUGGGCUCUAGAACACCAGCCUUCUCCAUCAGCAACAUGCGCUUACAUCCUCAAGAACUCUGUGUACCAUUGGAUGAGUACAGACAACUGCAGCCAGGAGCUCCACUUCAUUUGUCAAUACGAGUCUGGCCAAGCUUUUGCCUGUGAUCACUUCAAUGCUACGCUACAGUGCGAGUCUGGGAAGGUGAUUCAAAUCCGUAGUAGUUUUUACGGCCGCAAAUCUCUCUCUUACUGUACCUUGGAGCCUGGUACCCCAACUGACCCUCAAGAGUGCAGCUGGAUUGAUGCAAGAGAAAAAGUGAAAGGUCAAUGCCAUGGACUACAAGCUUGCCAAGUUGGAGCAGAUAAGACAUCCUUUGGUGAUCUUUGUCCGAGCCUGGGCAAUUACCUUAUAGUUGAUUAUCAUUGCAAAGAAGGACUUCACUUGCUAGUUGAUGAUGUGUACACCAUCCUAGAAAACAUCACAAUAUCUCAAAAGUGGUUGCUGCAUCCAUAUUCUGGGAACCUCACCUGCACACUCAACACUGGCGACGGCUUCAUAAUCGAACCAUAUGAUCCAGUGCACAACAUAACUUACCAGUAUCAGAGUCCAGGUCUCUUCACCAUCAGUGUUGAAUGUACAACCAGUGAGUGGCAUGUGACAGCCCAGAAAAUGGUCUCAAUCCAACAGCCUAUCAGUGGUUUUGGAACCAUAAAGUGCUACAAUCUCAAUCAAUCAGAAGAUACUAAUGACUGCACAGUUCCAUAUGGAGAUCCAAUGUGGAUUCACCUUGUAGUUGAAGAAGGUACAAAUGUAACCUAUGUUGUGUUAGCUGGAGCAGUCACCCUUCACACCAUCACUGCGUUCCAAGGAAUUAUUCCUCUGAAUGUCACGUUGGAUAGUGCCAUCCAACAAAUGAUAGGUCCAGGUGCACAUCAGAUAACCAUUCUAGCAAAGAAUAAUGUGACAGCUCGAGAGGUAUCUCAGAACAUUACAGUUCAAUUCGUGGAACCAAUUAAGGAUUUGAAGGCUACAGUAAACACAGCUGUUUUGGAGCUUGGAAGUGAUCUGACUAUAAACAUCUCUGUAUCCCAUGGAUCCCCAAUCGAGCUACAAUUUGAAUUUAUCGGUCCUAACGAGACCUUUUCUGAAGUCAUUGAGCAUCCUGAUGGCAAUCUGGGAGCCUACAGCCUUCCAAUGAAUUCUGAAGGUGUAUGCUGGCCAUUGUGGGAUGUUUGUACAAGGAAUGGCCAAAUCAACACUGUCCAACAGGAUCUGACCAUCAUCCGCUCCUGCCUACCUCCACCAAACUCUUUCAUUUCUGUCAGAUUAACUGUAAGUGCUCCUGGCAAAAAGAACAGCACAGCUGAGAAAUGCCUGAUCCUCAUCAAGAAAGGCAAAAAAGGAAUGGAUAUCAGGUGUAAGGACAACUGCAAUCCAGUUGAUCCUUCAGAAAAUGUUACGUUGACUGUCUCUUGUCAAGAAUGCAAGAAUUCAAUCAAAUAUAAUUGGUACAGGGUUAAUCCUUCAAACUCUCAGAUCAAUUUGCCUUCUGUUUGUAACAUCAAACAGCAAAACACUGCUCUGGAAUCAUUAGUAUUAAUGAAGGAAAAUACAAACACUCUGGUUUUGGGAAAAGAGGAAUUGGCUAAGUUUGCUCCAACAUUAAAAGUGAGGGCAGUGGGGAUAAGUGACAAUGGAUAUUACAAAUACAACGACUACAUUGUCAGUAUGAUGCCUCCAUUGCCGGUGCCAUCCUGCAGCAUUUCUCCAAAAGAAGGAUCAACUGUCUCCACGAAAUUCAGCAUCAACUGUACGGUCACCUGCCACUCUAACUCAUCCUGCCGAUCUUCAGGCCUUACCUACUGUUUUUUUGUGAAACCAGAUAUUCCUUUACACUGUGGAUCACAGCCAAUAAUGCCACCCACUUACCUACCGCUGGGAGACUCAAGGAAUGAUGACCAGCUGAAUAUCACAAUCACUAUCAGAGAUGAGUUGGGCUCCUUAACCAGUGUUGUCAUAACAGCAACGGUUCAUGAGUUCUCAAAGAUCAGAGAGAACAAGGAUCUGGCAACGCUCUUCUCAGAGAAUUUAAUGGCUCUGUCAGAGGAAAUGGCCAACAGUUCUUCACUAAUCCAACUGUUUGAAUCUGUCUCUUCUGUACUGAAUCAAGAGGCCAGUACAGGAGACUCUGAUAAAUUGGCUCUGAUUGAUAAAAAGCAGUUGAGGGAAACGAUGCUUUCCAACCUGUCUGUUGUGGAAGUCUCAUCGCUGCACAGAGUUCUUGAAGUUUCUGAAGUUCUAAAGCAGCUAACCCACUGGUCUGAUGAACUAACAUCUACAUCACAGUUGGAGGCCAGUGCAACCCUGCUGAAUGUGGGUAAAUCAUUGCUGACUGUGGGUGACGAGGACCCUGAGAAAAGGAUGCUUGCAACAAAAACCUUAUUUAAUGUGGUAAACAACAUUCUGGAAGCUUCAGCAGAAAACGAUGAACAAGACAGCAUGGCCUCAGAUACGCAAAGAGUGGUAUCGGAGAAGUUAUUGGACACCAUCGACCAUUUGCAGAUUGUGGCGUUAAAUGGAGCAAUAGCAGAUGAAGAGCCUAUUCUAAUGACAAUGCCCUCAGUUAGAAUGUACCUACAAAGGCUCCCAGCUGACAGCAUGGAAGGAGAUUCCAUCGUCAUUUCAGAUCCGGCUGUGGCAAGCUUCACCAUCCCAGCAUUACCCUCGCUGAGCGUGAGCAAUGACAUGGACACAGUGGAUGUACGGAUGGUGAGCUUUUCAGUCAACCCCUUCACAUGGACAAAGAAGAAUGAGGUGUCCGGAGCGGUCAGCGGUCUGACACUGACGUCAUCGAAUGGCACAGUUCAUCCCGUCAGGAAUCUGUCAGAGGACAUUGAGAUCAUACUCCCUCGAUCUGAUGGGACUCAGGAGAAUUGGACUGAAUUCAAGCUGGGAAACAACCUAACCACCAUGGAAGUGAAUGUUACUUCAGACAGUGGCACUCUUGGGUUUUAUUUGGAGACUGAGCAAAGUGUCCCACUCCUCCUUUACUUGGACUAUGAAAAUGAACCUAAUGAGACCAGCUUUCUAGUUUCCACACAGCUACCUAAUACAAUGUACACUGGAGCUGCAAGAUAUACCUGGCUUAUUCCUCUUGCUGAGUUAAUGUAUGGAGUAGGAAUUUACUAUUUAGCUGUGAGGCCUGUCCCAGAUCUGAACUCUUCACAACUGACGAACAUGACUGUGGCCUUCACUUCCUUUGUAUCCCAGUGUGUGUACUGGGAUGAAGUUAACAGCAAUUGGAAUUCAUCAGGAUGUCAUGUGGGCCCACUAACUACACCCAACAGCACUCAGUGCCUGUGCAACCAUCUCACCUUCUUCAGCAGCUCCUUCUUUGUCAUGCCCAACGCAGUGGAUGUCAGCAAGACAGUAGAACUGUUUGCCACAUUUGUGGAUAACCCAAUAGUGGUUACAACUGUUGCCUGCAUUUUUGGCCUCUAUAUUCUUGCUGUUGUUUGGGCGAGAAGAAAAGAUAAGCAAGAUGUGACCAAAGUGAAGAUAACACUCCUUGCUGAUAAUGACCCAUUUGCCCAGUAUCGCUACUUGGUGACAGUUUUUACAGGACAUCGCAGAGGGGCAGCUACCACUUCAAAGGUGACCAUAACACUGUAUGGCUCUGAGGGAGACAGUGAUCCACAUUUCCUUACAGACCCGGAGAAACCCACCUUUGAGAGAGGAGGGGUUGAUGGAUAUCUGCUAACAACCUUAUUCCCUCUUGGGGAUCUUCAGAGCAUUCGAUUGUGGCAUGACAACUCAGGAUCCAACCCAUCCUGGUAUGUAAAUCGUGUAACAGUGCUGGACUUGCAAACAGAUCAACGAUGGAGUUUCCUGUGUAACUCAUGGCUGGCCAUUGAUGUUGGCGAUUGUCUUUUGGAUAAAGUCUUUCCAGUGGCAACCGAGAUGGACCUAAAACGUUUUAGUAAUCUGUUCUUCAUGAAGACGGCCAAGGAUUUCCGAGAUGGGCACAUUUGGUAUUCAGUGCUAAACCGUCCACCGAGGAGUCCUUUCACAAGGGUGCAGCGAGUUUCAUGCUGUUUUUCUUUGCUCCUUUGCACAAUGUUGACGAGUAUUAUAUUCUGGGGAGUACCAAAGGAUCCUGCCCAGCAAAAAAUGGACCUGGGGAAGAUUGAAUUUACCUGGCAGGAAGUGGUGAUUGGUUUUGAGAGCUCGCUGUUAAUGUUUCCCAUCAAUCUCCUCAUUGUCCAGAUUUUCCGAAAUAUUCGACCACGAGCAAAGGAAAGGAAGCAAGGCAAACAUGGUCGAAUAUCACCUUCUUUACCAACCCCACCCACAAGUCUUCAGACCUGCUCCCUCACUCCGGAAGCUGUUAUAAAGGAUAUCCAGAGGAUUGCUAACUCACUCACUAAAACACUGAAGAAUCCACAACCAACACUGGAUAAGGAUUUGAAAAAAACAACUGAUAUCAAUAAACUUUUGGCAUUAGUUGAAAAUAUAAUCCGAGAACAAAAUAGAAUUGACCGUGAAUUUUAUCACGAGAGUUGUAAGAAAGCAGAUACCCUUAUCCUCAGCCUGGGAUCAGUUGAUUUGCAAGAACAUGUCACAGGCUCUUACUCCGAGAAGGGUGUGAUCGACAAGCAGAGGCGAAGUGAUUAUAAUCGCCAUCUGUACCUCCAGCUCCAACGUGUUGAAAACGAGCUGGGAUUCCUCGGAUCAAGCAAGUUCGAGAAUCCUCAGAGCUGCACACAAGCUGUCCAGCAGGUGCAACACAUGAAGGAUCUUCUCGAAAAUGCGAACUGCUGUUCCAGUUCUGUUUCAGAAAGGUUCUCUCCUAUUCCUAGUCUUUCUGGAGUCAGCAAAAAGGGUCAUUGUUCCAAAGGGUUACCAUGGUGGUUUGUCUUCAUUGGGUGGGGCUUGGUUGCAGCCACCAGCGGUGUAUCUGCCUUUUUUACUAUGCUCUAUGGAUUACACUAUGGCAAGGACAGUUCUAUCAAAUGGCUCAUCUCCAUGGCUAUCUCCUUCUUUGAAAGUAUUCUAAUUACACAGCCUUUAAAGGUCCUGGGUUUUGCUGCUUUCUUUGCUCUGGUUUUGAAGAAGGUUGAACCAGACGAUGAUGGUGAAAGCUCAAUCGACAGCCCCUUUUCUACUUCAGACCCCAGUGUUCUACUAGCAGCUCGCAGGGACAGCUGCAGUAAUAUCUAUCAGCCGCCACCUCAAAAGGAAGUGGAGCACAUGAAGAUGAACUCCAUAAAAGAGCAGAAAGUGUUUGGUUUGAUCAGGGAAAUAUUGGCCUAUUUGGGAUUUUUGUGGAUGUUGCUGUUGGUUGCUUAUGGACAGCGUGAUCCACAUUCCUAUUACCUCAAUAAAGCUAUCCGAAACAGCUUCACCAGUGGAUUUGAUGACAUUUUGAGUUACAAUGAUUUCUUCAAAUGGGCCAACAGUACACUUAUCUCAAACUUAUUUGGCUUCUACCCAGGCUUUGUCACUGAUGGCAAUUCUAAGCUGGUUGGAUCUGCCCGCAUUCGACAACUCAGAAUAAAGAACAAUAGUUGUCGCAUACCAGCAAAACUGAGGAGUUCUGUCAGAGAAUGUCAUGCCCAGUAUUCCUUGGAGAAUGAGGAUAUGUCUGUCUAUGGUCUUCACUGGAACAGGACUGCAGCUCAGAAUUCCUCGGGCCUGGAUUACAUCUGGCAAUACCAAAGCCAAAGUGAAUUGCAUAGUUAUCCCAUCUGGGGUAAACUUGCCAUGUACAGAGGGGGUGGCUACAUUGCAGAACUGGGUACAGAUGCACAAGAUGCUUACAGAAUUCUUAAAUACAUAUUUGACAAUAGCUGGUUGGACACCUACACGAGAGCCAUCUUUGUGGAAUUCACAGUCUAUAAUGCAAAUGUGAAUCUUUUCUGUAUUGCCACGUUAAUAUUAGAAAGUAAUGCUGCAGGGGCCUUCUUUACACACGCUGAUCUUCAGAGUAUCCGUCUCUACCAGUACACUGAUGGGCUGCACAUUUUUGUUGUUGCCGCUGAAGUGGCUUACUUCAUCUUCCUCAUCUAUUACAUGGUGAUUCAGAGCAAACUAUUGAAGGAACAGAAAUGGAAUUAUUUCCAAAGUAAAUGGAACCUUCUGGAGGCAGCCAUUAUAAUGAUCAGCUGGAGUGCACUUUCUAUAUUCAUAAAGAGAACAGUUCUAGGAAAGCGAGACAUUGAAUAUUACCACAGUCACCGAACAGGGUUUGUAAGUUUCUAUGAGACUGCUAUGGCAGAUGCAAUAAUGGGUUAUUUAAUUGCUUUCCUGGUUCUCCUAGCAACUAUCAAACUAUGGCAUUUGCUGCGCCUUAACCCCAAGCUCAAUAUGAUUACAUCUACAUUAAGAAGGGCAUGGGGAGACAUCUCAGGAUUCCUGACUGUCAUUCUGAUCAUGUUCCUGGCCUAUUCUAUUGCGACUAAUCUGAUGUUUGGUUGGAGUAUGUCCUCUUAUAAAACCAUAUUUGAUGCUGCAGAGACAAUGGUCAGUCUUCAACUGGGGAUCUUCAACUAUGAAGAGGUAUUGGACUAUAAUCCAAUUCUAGGUUCAUUUCUGAUUGGGUCGUGCAUCGUCUUUAUGACAUUUGUCGUGCUGAACCUUUUCAUUUCAGUUAUACUUGUGGCAUUCAGUGAAGAGCAGAAGAAUUACAAGGCUUCUGAGGAAGAAGAAAUAGUUGAUCUAAUGCUGAUAAAAGUGUGCAGCUUCUUGGGGAUCAAAUCUAAGAAGGAUUCCUUGGAGUCAGGAGGCUGACUGUCGUAAACACCUUGGACUGACAUCUAGCAGCUAAUACCAGUUUAUGUA